CGCCUCUUCUGCCCCCCCUCCCCACUUCCCCGGCAGAACCAGGAGCUGCUGGCCGAGAACCGGGCGCUGCGGGAGCGGACGCGCCGCCUGGCCCAGGAGAACCGGCAGCUGCGCCUGCGCCUCGGCCUCCCCGCCCACCAGGGCCGGGAGGAGGAGGAGGAGGCGGCGACUGUGGCAACGGCCGGCAGCCGCGUGGAGGUGGAGCUCGGCCUGGGGCCGGCGACCGGGUCCUCUGAGUCUGCAGCACUUAGACUACGUGUUCCUCCGCAGCAGGGACAGGCCCAGGAGUCGCCACGGCCCCGCCCCCGAGCAGCCCCCGCCUGGAGCCUGGCAGCCACGGCCCUGGCUCUCAGGCCGGGUGGGCGGGGCUUGAUGCUUUCUGCGUUUCCUCUUUUGCAGCCUGAUCUCCUCUUGGGCCUUCUGGACUGCCUGGACCCAGACAUCUUCCUCCACUUGGGGGGAGGCCCAGAGCCAGCCUCCCUGGAGCAAGGGCCACCGGAAGAGGGGGCAGGACAAGGGGGUUCCCUACCUGCCUCUCCUGCUUCCCCUCUGGGGGCCUUCCCACCCCGCCUGGAAGCCAUUAAUGAACUGAUCCGUUUCGAUCACGAGUACACAAAGCCCUUCACCUUGCAGCGGGGGGCGGCGGCAGCAGCAGCAGCAGAGGGGACCAGCCAGGCUGUGGGGGGCAGGGCAGAGCUGGCAGCAGCCUCUUUCUCGUCUGGGCAGGUCUUCCUGGAGCCCUCUCUGUCUGUGAAAGAGGAGCCCGUAGACCUUCUCUUACCUGAGCUGGGCAUCUCACACCUGCUCUCCCCGGACCAGAAGCCACUGAUGGACGCCUCCAGCGAUUCAGGCUACGAAGGCUCUCCUUCCCCCUUCAGCGAGCUGUCUUCUCCCUUGGGCACAGACUAUGUGUGGGAUGAGGCUUUUGCCAAUGAACUCUUUCCUCAGCUCCUCAGUGUCUGAGUGCCCGUGAUGCCAAAAAUGCAAGGGGCUCUUUUUCCAGAACAUUCCUCUUCAAAGUGUUUCAGCAGAACUUAAAAGUAUUUGUCCUUUUGUACCUGCCCUGGUUGUUCCCAAGUCAGGUUUUGAGGAUUCCCAUCUUAACGAAUGGAGACUGAAUGGGGACUGGGAACCCUGUCACUCAAAGGCCCACGUGCCUGAGUGAUUCUUUUCAGUUAUGUAAAUACACCUGAGGAUUUGAUUGACAUAUUUUGUAAAACAAAUCUGAAAUAGCUUGUUUUUCUGCUGUACGAUUAUAAGUCUCUGCCAUUAAAUGCCCUGCCAAAUG